AUGAUUUGGUAUGUGGCCACUUUGAUAGCAAGUGUGAUCAGCACCCGAGGUCUUGCGGCUCAAGCUGCCCACGGCCUUCGAGAGGAGCCUGAGUUUGUUACUGCGAGAGCCGGCGAGGGCGUGGUCCUGCGAUGCGAUGUGAUUCACCCAGUGACGGGACAGCCCCCACCCUAUGUCGUGGAGUGGUUCAAGUUUGGGGUGCCCAUCCCUAUCUUCAUCAAGUUUGGCUACUAUCCCCCUCAUGUGGACCCUGAGUAUGCAGGCCGGGCAAGUCUUCAUGAUAAAGCAUCCCUGCGACUGGAGCAGGUUCGCUCUGAGGACCAGGGCUGGUACGAGUGCAAAGUGCUCAUGCUGGACCAACAAUAUGACACCUUUCACAAUGGUAGCUGGGUCCACCUUACCAUCAACGCUCCUCCCACCUUUACGGAAACACCCCCGCAGUACAUCGAGGCCAAGGAGGGCGGCAGUGUUACCAUGACCUGCACAGCUUUUGGGAACCCCAAGCCCAUUGUCACCUGGCUGAAGGAGGGGACACUCCUAGGUGCUAGUGGGAAAUACCAGGUGAGUGAUGGCAGCCUGACGGUGACAUCGGUCAGUAGGGAGGACAGAGGUGCCUACACCUGUCGCGCAUACAGCAUUCAGGGGGAGGCUGUUCAUACCACCCACCUGCUUGUCCAAGGGCCUCCCUUCAUCGUUUCCCCUCCUGAGAACAUCACUGUCAACAUAUCCCAGGAUGCUCUGCUCACCUGCCGGGCAGAGGCGUAUCCCGGCAACCUUACCUACACCUGGUAUUGGCAGGACGAGAACGUCUACUUCCAGAAUGACCUGAAGUUGAGAGUGCGGAUCCUGAUCGAUGGGACCCUGAUCAUCUUCCGGGUGAAACCUGAGGAUGCAGGGAAAUACACCUGUGUUCCUAGCAACAGCCUGGGGCGCUCCCCUUCUGCCUCAGCAUACUUAACUGUGCAGUAUCCAGCCCGUGUCCUCAACAUGCCCCCUGUCAUCUACGUGCCCGUGGGAAUUCACGGCUAUAUCCGAUGCCCUGUGGAUGCAGAGCCACCAGCCACCGUGGUCAAGUGGAACAAAGAUGGCCGCCCCCUGCAGGUUGAGAAGAACCUGGGUUGGACCCUGAUGGAGGAUGGCUCUAUUCGGAUUGAGGAGGCCACAGAGGAGGCUCUUGGCACUUACACCUGUGUGCCUUACAACACCUUGGGGACCAUGGGCCAGUCUGCUCCUGCACGGCUUGUCCUGAAGGACCCCCCGUAUUUUACGGUGCUACCAGGCUGGGAGUAUAGGCAGGAGGCUGGCCGGGAGCUGCUUAUCCCCUGUGCUGCUGCAGGGGACCCUUUCCCUGUCAUCACUUGGAGAAAGGUAGGGAAGCCCAGCAGAAGCAAGCACAAUGCCCUGCCCAGCGGGAGUCUCCAGUUUCGAGCCCUGAGUAAGGAGGACCACGGGGAGUGGGAGUGCAUCGCCACCAACGUGGUCACCAGCAUCACUGCCAGUACCCACCUGACCGUCAUCGGCACCAGCCCCCAUGCCCCGGGCAGUGUCCGGGUCCAGGUCUCCAUGACAACUGCCAACGUGUCCUGGGAGCCAGGCUAUGAUGGAGGAUUCGAGCAGACAUUCUCAGUUUGGUACGGACCUCUGAUGAAGCGGGCACAGUUUGGGCCCCAUGACUGGCUAUCUUUGCCAGUGCCACCGGGACCCAGCUGGUUGCUAGUGGAUGCCCUGGAGCCUGAGACAGCAUACCAGUUCAGCGUCCUGGCCCAGAACAAGCUGGGAACGAGCGCCUUCAGUGAGGUGGUCACUGUGAACACUUUAGCAUUCCCUAUCACAACUCCAGAACCCCUGGUGCUGGUUACCCCACCGAGGUGCCUCACAGCCAAUCGGACCCAGCAGGGUGUGCUCCUGUCUUGGUUACCCCCUGCCAAUCACAGCUUUCCCAUUGACCGCUACAUCAUGGAAUUUCGUGUCGGGGAACACUGGGAGACGUUAGAUGGUGCCAUCCCGGGCACUGAUGGAGACUUCUUUGCCAAGGAUCUGUCACAGGACACCUGGUACGAGUUCCGGGUUCUGGCCGUCAUGCAGGAUCUGAUCAGUGAGCCCAGCAACAUUGCCGGUGUCUCCAGCACAGACAUCUUCCCACAGCCGGACCUGACCGAUGACGGGCUAGCUCGGCCUGUGUUGGCUGGAAUUGUAGCUACCAUCUGCUUCUUGGCAGCUGCCAUCCUGUUCAGCACCCUGGCCGCCUGCUUUGUCAACAAGCAGCGCAAGCGUAAGCUCAAGCGCAAAAAAGAUCCUCCACUCUCCAUCACUCACUGCAGAAAGAGCUUGGAGUCUCCCCUGUCAUCUGGCAAGGUGAGCCCUGAGAGCAUCCGCACUCUCCGGGCCCCAUCGGAGUCCUCUGAUGACCAAGGCCAGCCAGCAGCCAAGAGGAUGCUGAGUCCCACCCGGGAGAAAGAGCUGUCAUUGUACAAGAAGACCAAGAGGGCCAUCAGCAGCAAGAAGUACAGCGUGGCCAAGGCUGAGGCUGAGGCUGAGGCCACGACACCCAUUGAGCUCAUCAGCAGAGGCCCUGAUGGCCGCUUUGUGAUGGAUCCCUCUGAGAUGGAGCCCUCGAUGAAGAGCAGGCGCAUUGAGGGCUUUCCCUUUGCCGAGGAGACGGACAUGUACCCUGAGUUCCGCCAGUCAGAUGAGGAGAACGAGGACCCGCUGGUGCCCACAUCUGUGGCUGCCUUGAAGUCCCAGCUGACCCCUCUGUCAUCCAGCCAGGAGUCCUACCUGCCACCACCAGCAUACAGCCCUCGGUUCCAGCCCCGUGGGCUGGAGGGCCCCGGCGGCCUGGAAGGUCGGCUCCAGGCCACAGGCCAAGCCAGACCUCCCGCCCCCCGGCCCUUUCACCAUGGCCAGUAUUAUGGGUACCUCAGCAGCAGCAGCCCUGGGGAGGUGGAGCCACCGCCCUUCUACAUGCCAGAAGUGGGCAGCCCCUUGAGCUCUGUCAUGUCCUCCCCACCCCUGCAUACUGAGGGGCCUUUUGGCCACCCCACCAUUCCUGAGGAAAACGGAGAGAACGCUUCCAACAGCACGCUGCCCUUGACUCAGACACCCACGGGAGGGCGCUCCCCUGAGCCCUGGGGUCGGCCAGAAUUCCCCUUUGGGGGACUGGAAACCCCGGCCAUGAUGUUUCCCCACCAGCUGCACCCCUGUGACGUAGCCGAGAGUCUGCAGCCCAAGGCUUGCCUCCCUCGAGGACUGCCCCCCACCUCCCUGCAGGUGCCCGCGGCCUACCCGGGCAUCCUGUCUCUGGAGGCGCCCAAGGGCUGGGCAGGCAAGUCGCCGGGCAGAGGCCCCGUCCCAGCACCGGCCUCCGCUAAGUGGCAGGACAGACCUAUGCAACCUCUGGUGAGCCAAGGGCAGCUAAGACAUACCAGCCAAGGUAUGGGCAUACCCGUGUUGCCUUACCCCGAGCCGGCUGAGCCGGGGGGGCACAGCGGCCCCAGCACAUUUGGCCUGGACACCCGGUGGUACGAGCCCCAGCCCCGGCCCCGGCCCAGCCCCCGGCAGGCCAGGCGCGCCGAGCCCAGUUUACAUCAAGUGGUGCUACAGCCCUCCCGGCUCUCGCCUCUGACCCAAAGUCCCCUGAGCUCCCGCACCGGCUCCCCUGAGCUUGCCGCCCGGGCCCGGCCCCGCCCGGGCCUCCUGCAGCAGGCAGAAAUGUCGGAGAUCACCCUGCAGCCACCAGCCGCUGUCAGCUUCUCUCGCAAGUCCACGCCAUCCACCGGCUCCCCUUCCCAGAGCAGCCGCAGCGGGAGCCCCAGCUACCGGCCCACCAUGGGCUUCACCACUCUGGCCACAGGCUACCCCUCCCCUCCGCCAGGCCCUGCAGGGCCUGCGGACAACCUGGAUGUGUUUGGACAGACGCCUUCCCCUCGAAGGAUGGGGGAGGAGCUGCUCAGACCAGAGCCCCCCCCACCGCCAUUACCUACUUCAGGAACACAUCCACCUGCACCUGGGCAUGCUGCUGCACCUGAGAGGCUGGAGGCUCUGAAAUACCAACGGAUAAAGAAGCCCAAAAAGUCAUCCAAGGGCUCUUCGAAGUCAAAGAAACGAUCCGACGGUUCUGCCUCCCAGGCUCAGCAGCUUCCAGACUCCCAGGUUCUGUGGCCCGAUGAAGCCGUCUGCCUCCGAAAGAAGAAGAGACACUCUCGGCCUGACCCUUUUGCCCGCCUCUCAGACCUGUGCCACCGCCAGCUUCCAGAAGACCAGACGGCGAUUCUCAACAGCGUGGAUCAUGAUGACCCUGGCCAUGCCACCCUGCUGUGA